AUGGGGAUAUCGGCGGGCUGGGUCUGGCUCCUUCUCCCAGUUUGCCAGGCUCUGGUUGUCCCCAGGGAGGUCAGUGGCCGGGUCGGGGAGACGGUGUCCAUCCGCUGCUGGUACCCCCGGGGCUACGAGGGCUACAACAAGUACUGGUGCCGAGGAGCCAGCCGGGACUCCUGCCGCAAGGUGGUGGAGACGGAGGGCAGUGAAGCGCCCUGGCAGCAUGGCCGGGUCUCCAUCCAGGACAACCAUGUCUUCUGCGUGGUUCUACUCACCAUGAAAGGCAUCUCUGAGGCGGAUGCUGGGAGCUACUGGUGCGGGAUUGAGAGGAUGGGCAGGGACCUGAUGGAGCCGGUGACAGUGAGGGUGGUUCCAGCUGUGCUGGGUACCACGGCAGGUCCCCAGACCACCCCUACCCCCUGGAUCUCCACCACCGUGAUGGAGCAUCCCCCCACCACCAACGCCACCACCAACGCCACCACCACAGGAGGGCCAGCCCUGAGUGCCCUGGUGCCCAGCGUGGUCCUGCUCUCCCUCCUGGCUGCCGCAGGCUCUGCCGGGCUCCUCUACGCCCUGCGCAGGAGGAGGGAAGGUAACGGCACCCACGCGUGCCCCGUCCAAGGCACACCCCUCUGCCUGUCCCAGGACCUGGGGGACAAACCCAGCCUGGGCACAGGGCUACAGGGGGUUUCGCCCUCCCAGCGACACAGAAACACCCCCUCUAUGUCUCUUAUUUCUGGCACACUGGCCCCUCGCCCCAACGCCCCCACAGCCCCCCGCAAGCCGGGUACCGCUGCCGAGCCGGACCAUGGGCCCAUCUACGACAACGAGCUGUUCCUGGCAGAGGGUGGCUGCUGUGACACGGAGCAGGAGGCCAAGCCAGAGGACCACGGCGUCUACACAAACACCCUGUGUCAGGAGGAGGUGAUGGGGAUGCCCAGCGGACAUUUCGCAGGACAAGAGGUUUCCUACAUGUUCUAG